UGUCAAAAAAAGUGUCAUAUUUUCCUCUCAGUUGGAAGAGAUCUCCUUCCUACACAAGGACGUUUUGUCAAUGACCACAGACAGCAUGACAAAUUACGUUUUUCUCUGCCAAUGUAGUCAUCGAAAAUAGUAAUAAUGAGUAAUUAAAAAAAUACUACGACGAAGUUGCACAACAGUCCGUGAAUCGUUUAUUUAUUCACAUGACUCGGGGUCAAUUUUAACCACUUGGUGUUGCGUUUUUUAAAUGUCAUCAGGGAUCAAUUUUGGAUUAAAUUAAUUAGUGCAAUAUAGUUCAUAUUUAUCGUUAAUCGAUUAAUUCAUUGAUCAAUUGAAAUUAACAUUCCACGAUGGCUGGGAAUACUGAUGUGUACGAUGAUUUGUAUCUGUACACAACAAACGAAAAAUUUUAUGUCGAAGCAGUAGGCACAAAAGUGUUGCUGACAGUAGACAGAUUGAAUCAACAUAUCUUUACUCAAGCAGUUGGAACAGCUAGUCAAAUUCCCCAAACAGCGAGUAGGCGCAAGAUAUGGGGGAUAGUAGGAACGAUUCGCCUGCUAGCUUGCAGAUACUUCAUAGUCAUCACUGAUGCCGAGCAAAUUGGUACCAUCGCUGGCCAGCAGGUCUUCAAGGCGAUCACUACUGAAGUUAUACCCUAUUCCAGAUCAGAUUUGCAUUUGAGUGAAAAACAAAUUCAGAAUAAUACGACCUACGUGGAGAUGAUCAAGACUGUCUUGAAUACACCGUAUUUUUACUUCAGUUAUACGUAUGAUCUUAGUCACUCAAUGCAGAGGCUGCAUAAUACGCCACCGGAAUUUCUUCAGAUGCCGCUUCACGAACGUGCAGACUCUCGCUUCAUUUGGAACGCUUACCUCCUCGAGGACCUAUCAUCCCGCCCAGAACACUCGAAAUUCUGUUUGCCAAUAAUUCACGGAUUUAUAUCCCUAAACAGCGUUGUAGUGAACGGUAUAUCCUUCAAUUGGGGAAUAAUAUCUCGUCGCAGUGUCCAUCGAGCGGGCACUCGGCUCUUCUCCCGUGGAAUAGAUGCCAAUGGUAAUGUCUCGAACUACGUAGAAACAGAACAAAUAAUUGAAGUAAAUGGAGAUCGUAGUUCCUUCGUCCAAACCCGAGGUUCAAUUCCUCUGUUCUGGCAGCAGGCGCCCAAUCUAAAGUACAAACCAAAACCUCAGCUGAGCUCCCACGAAAACCACCAGGUAGCUGCCUCCAGACACCUCGAUACCCAGAUCUUUCAUUAUGGAAAACAAAUCCUCGUAAAUUUGAUAGACCAUCACGGAGCUGAGGAUGUUCUUGAGAAAGCCUUCAGGGACAUUGUGGCGAGAAUAGCUAAUCAAAAUGUGAGGUACGAGGCAUUUGAUUUUCAUGCUGAGUGCAGACACAUGAGGUGGGACCGACUCAACAUUCUGAUGGACAGAUUAGCACACGAUCAAGAGCAAAUGGGGUAUUUCCUCCUGUCCAGGGACGGAGCUUUGCUCUCGGUGCAGGAUGGAGUGUUUAGGACAAAUUGCAUUGAUUGUCUCGACAGGACAAACGUUGUGCAAAGCAUGUUGGCUAAAAGAGCGUUGGCUGAUGCCCUCGGGAAGAUGGGGAUUCUGAGGAGGCUGGAGGACCAUCCGAGUUUCGAACAACUGUUCAAACACGUCUGGGCAGACAACGCUGAUAUCAUUAGUACUCAGUAUUCAGGUACUGGAGCUCUGAAAACUGAUUUUACGAGGACUGGAAAGAGGACUAAGAUUGGAGCACUGAGGGAUGGGAUUAACUCGAUGACGAGAUAUUAUAAGAACAAUUUUGCUGAUGGAUAUCGUCAGGAUGCCAUCGAUUUAUUCCUGGGAAGAUACAUCAUACAAGAUGGUGAAUGCAUGACUCUAAAAUGUCCAUUGGAAUUUGAAAGGAAUUGGCGAUAUGCUACAUUUCCUCUGGUUCUUCUGAUAGCAUCUUCAAUGCUCAUUGCCCACAUCAUACUGCCAUCCAAUUAUACCACAGACGUUCUCCUCUACAUGCUCUUCUGGGGCGCCAUGGUGGCAGGCACAUUCGCAACAAUUAUCCAUCAUGGUAAACAGUAUGUCGAUAAACCAAAAUUGUUAUAGUCAUCAAUGCUUUCUCUAUCCUGAUUAUUAUUGUGACAAAGAUUUCAUUAAUUACAAUGAGUUCAAUUGGAACGGUAUUUGAAGGGUAUUCAUGUAUGCGUUUGUUGAAUUUGACAGACGGUGUAGAAUAAAUAAAAUGUAUUUAAAUUUA